AUUGCUGUCCCUCUGACAGGUGUUUCUGCUUGACUGAAGGACUUGCCAAAGAUCAUUUGUCUAACAACUGUGUCUCCUGGUGUCUGGUUUGGUGGAAGAUGGCAGCAGUGACCUUCUGGGCAGCAGUGUUGCUCACUUACGGAGUCUCUACAGGAAUUGCAAUGGUCCCCAGUGGAUCAUCUCAGGGCCAAGGUAGAUAUGCGAAGGCCUCCAGAGGAUCCUCGAAGGUCCCAAGUAGAUAUCAGAAGGCCUCAAGAGCAUCUUCGCCAGUUGCCAGUGGAUCUUCGAACAUCCCCAGUGCAUCUUGGCAGGCUCCCAGUGGAGCUGGGUCCUCGGCUGGGGCAAACACUAUCCUUAGACUGGACAUGGCUCCAAACUCUGUUGAUGACAUGUACCAAGGCUGCAAAGAUAAGAUGUACCAGAAUCUCCAAGAAUUACUGGCGAAUGAGAAGAACAAAAACCCCACAUUCAAAGGGGUCUGGGAGAGCUCAGAGCAAUGGUACGACAACAAAUCUAAGAAAUCAAAACCAGCCCUGGGGAAAGACCGUCUUAUGGCUAUUUACUGUUACACCUUUGGUGGAGACAAUAAAGUGUAUCUUGAUUUCAAUACUGCAGUUCGAACCCAGAAAGAUCAGUACACCACCACAUUCAGGUAUCACGCACUUCACUUUCUCCUGACCGACGCCAUUCAAACUCUCAGAGAACGCAGGCUCUCAAACCUCGCUCCGGGAGAGGACAGAUGUGUCACUGGCUACCGCCGUGUUGACACAACCUUUGACCAAGUCGUCAACACGCAGCUUCGAUUCGGCUCUUUUACUUCAACCUCAAAAGAUCAGUAUGCCAACAAAUAUUUUGGAGACAAGACGUGCUUUAAGAUUUACACGUGCUUUGGAGCAGACGUCUCCAUGUAUUCUCCAUAUCCAGAAGAACGCGAAGUGCUGAUUCCUCCUUACGAGGUCUUUAAAGUGGUAGGGGUGAAGAAGAGAUCUCAGUAUAAGAAUCUUCCAUGUAAGGUGGAAUAUGAACUCAGGAGCACAGGCAUAGGCACGCGUAGGAAUCUGAAUUGUGAUCUUUUCAAGAAGAAACGUAAGUGUAAAAUUCUCAACCAUUUUAAGCCUUGCAUAGGUUAAGUGUGUUCCGAGGUUAAGUUAAGUUCUACUGUGCAACAAGUGUUUAAGAAAAAAAAGUUGCAUUAAAACUAAUCCUUAAGUUGUGUAAUUGUUAAAGUGGGUCUGUAUUAAAAUGAAUAUCAAGAAUUUGUUCUUACACGGAAAAAGAAAAACAGGGGCCAUAUUCACAGAGCUUCCUCGGGCUGAGAGUCGCUCCUAGUGUUGAAAUUCUAAGAAAAUUCUUAGAAUUGUGACAGUCUUCGAAUUUCCCCUUAAAGUUAAGACUAGGUCUUU